AUGUCUUCAACCAGUCCUUCCGGUGGCCAGGCGCAGGGCAAGAGCAAGAGUAGAGGUCCGAGCCGAGGCGGCCGCCGCAGUCGUCGCAACCAGUCGAAGGCCUCGGCUCCGCCGCCCAUGCCCGAGACUGACCAGUACUCCGAGGACGAGAGCGUCGACGAGGAGUACGAGGCACCGCAGCCCCAGCGUCGCCGCCGCCAGCAAACACAGCAGAAGCCCCAGCAGCAACAGCAACAGGGCGGUGGUGGUCCCCUCGGCGGCCUGCCUCUGGGCGGUGGAGCCACCGACAUGCUGCCCGUUGGCGACGUCGGCCAGACGGCCAACAACCUGACACAAGGUGCGACGGGCGCUUUGGGAGGCGUAACUGGCGGCGCCCUCGGCGGCGGCGGCGGUGGCGAUGGUGGUGGCAAGAGCGAUACACUGAAGCUGAGGUUGGAUCUCAACCUCGAGGUCGAGGUCACGCUCAAGGCGAGGAUACACGGUGACCUAACGCUGGCAUUGCUGUGA